GCAUAAUGUUGGGAGUUGUUUACAGUCCCCCGGGUAUUUCCGCGCAGGAAGGGUCAGACUUAAUAAAACAUAUCAUUGACAGUUUAGACCAGAUUUGUUCAGCAUUUCCGGACUGUGGCAUUGUAAUCACUGGAGACUUCAACAUGUUAAACAUUGCUGACCUCCUUUCCAGUCACAAUCUAAAACAAGUAGUUCGGGAACCAACGCGUGGCAAUAACAUCUUGGACUUAAUAAUAACCAAUAUGUCCCACUUCUACAGCACUCCUACGGUAACUGCACCUUUGGGCAGAUCUGAUCAUCAUGUUAUCAAUUGGAGUAGAAAUACCGACAGUGCUGCUUGUUUGAUAAAGAAAGGAAUAACAAAACGUAAAGUGCGUCGCUUUACCCAGUCAUCGUGUGCGGCGUUUGGAAGAUGGUGCAGUGACCACGUAUGGUUUUCUGAUGUUCAGCAUCCCGAUUCUGCCACCGCUUUGGCUUCUUCUUUUACAUCUGAACUUAGCUCCGCCAUUGACCUCUUUUUCCCUACCAAAACCAUUAAGAUUCAUGCAACUGACAAACCAUGGAUGACGCCAAUGUUGAAACAGUUGAUUAUCCAAAGACAGCGUGCAUUCCACAGCGGCGACCGUGCAGUUUGGUUACAUCAUAGGGAUAAGGUACAAAGAGAAAUUUCAUCACAAAAGCAUACGUAUUACGCCAGGAAGAUUAAAAAUCUAAAAAAUAGCAACCCAAGGCAAUGGUGGAACUACAUUAAACAGAUCACCGGUAAGGAAAAGUCAACGCCUAAUUUUGACAUUACCAGCGAUGGGGUACCAAUGUCCGAUCUUGAGUUGUGUGGUAAACUAAAUGAGCACUUUUUAUCAGCCAGCGCUGACCUUCCUCCUCUCGACCUUGGUGCUUUGCCUGCGUACCUUCCAGCUCCCGAACCCCCACCAUCUAUCUCAAUCGCACAGGUCUGUUUUAAACUGCUCAAAAUAAAGGCAUUUAAAUCCAACGGCCCUGAUUGUAUUCCUAAUCGAGUGCUUAGUCAAUAUGCUCAAGAGUUAGCUGAUCCGGUGGCCAAAAUCUUCAACAAGUCUUUAUUGCACUCUGAAUUCCCUAUACCUUGGAAAGAUGCUAACAUCGUCCCAAUCCCGAAAGCCUAACCGAUAACGUGUGAGGAUGAAACCCGUCCAAUUGCCCUCACUGCCACUCUGUCAAAAGUUUUGGAAGACUUCGUUGUUACCUGGAUGAUUGAUGAUGUCAAAGACAAAAUCGAUCCGAAGCAAUUUGGUAGCUUAAGGGGAUCUUCUACAACAUUCUCCCUUAUUGAUAUGAUUAACAACUGGUUGCAGGCACUGGAUAGCCCAAAACGGUAUCUACGUAUUUGUUUUUUGGAUUUCUCCAAAGCUUCUGACAGAAUCAACCAUAACAUUUUGAUUGCGAAACUCAUAGCCCUUGGAGUAAGAAGAUGUUUGAUCCCAUGGAUAUGUGAUUUUCUUUCAAAUCGUCGUCAGGCAGUGAAAAUUAAUGAGUCUCGCUCGGAGUGGGCUUAUGUAAAUGGCGGUGUCCCUCAAGGAACAAAACUUGGCCCUAUCUUGUUCUUAGUUAUGAUUAAUGAUCUGAAAAUGAAGUCCCUAAACUCCUCUCAUUGGAAAUACGUUGACGAUGUAACGAUUUCUGAGGUUAUAAAAGAAACUGAGGAAUCGCGAUUACAAACUGAACUCAAUGAACUCCAACAAUGGGCAUGUGAGAAUGACAUGAAACUGAAUGGGUUGAAAUGCAAGGAAAUGGUUGUCAGCUUUUUACGACAAAGUGAUAACUAUACUCCAUUACACAUUAAUGAUCAACAAUUGGAACUGGUUACAUCUUUCAAGAUUUUGGGUUUGACUAUUAAUAAUCACCUUAAAUGGAAUGAUAACGUUGCAAUUAUCGUAAAAAAAGCGUCGAAACGCCUUUACAUCCUUCGGGUGUUGCGUCGAUCUGGAAUUCCACCCGCUGACUUGCUCUCAAUCUAUAACGCCUUAAUCAGAUCUGUUUUGGAAUAUGCUUGUUCAGUCUGGCAUACCAACCUACCUCAGUAUCUUUCCAAUAAAAUUGAACGGGUGCAGAAACGUGCUCUGCGAAUUCUGUACCCUUUCACUGAUUAUGCGGAAGCCCUAUCUAUCAGUCGUUGUUCUCGCCUUGAUGAUAGAAGGCAGUCAAUAUGUCAGAAUACCUUACAAAAGAUUGCUAAUCCUUGCUCGAAACUGUACCACUUGUUGCCGUCAACUCGUGGAAACGUCCAUGGACGGAGUUUGAGAAAUAAUAAUCAAUUAUCGCUUCCCAAAUGUAGAACUGAGAGGUUUAAGAACAGUUUUAUCCCGGCAAUGUGCUAUAGUCAAGUUGACGUAUAGGCCUUUAUGGUCUUAAUUUGUAUAUUAGGUUUUAACAUUUAUAUUAGAUAUAGUAAUUAAUAUUCUAGCAUUUUUGUAAAUUUUAGUAUAUUUCCAU